AGUUGAAAAGAGCCUGAGGUUUUUUUUCCGCGUGUCACUGGGCAGCGCGGGGUUUGUGUGAUCGUUACAUUCACAUACAGUUAACCAGUUCAGAAUCGUGCAAUUUCACGUUUGCGCCGAAUGAGGGAGAGGGGAACAUCUGCAUUUCCGCUCCCCACCAUUCUUCCCCAUCCUCUGAUGCGGGCUACGAUUGUAAAGGUAAUGUGAUCCAGAUUCGUACUACUCAGCGCACAGAGGGAGGAAAAAAAAUGUCUCAAAACGUCACGUCUACCGAUGAUCACGUUUACGGAUCUUCAAUUAUCCCUUACCAUGAAGAUAGGUGGCGUACGUUUCUGCGGCCGCACUUCGGGGACUCUCUUUAUAGAAAAAUGUCAUUCCAACAAGCGGAACACGUCAGUCCGUCCACAGGUUGUGUUUCCUGGUGUGGGAGACAACGGAGCGAUCAGUUCCAACCUGCACAGCAGGAAUAACGGUCCUUCCUCAAGUCUUUAAAGGUUUUCUCUCUCCUCCUUUUAAACAAAACCUCGACUCCUUCUUCAUGCGACCGAUUUGUUACCAGACUUAACAAACAACACAGCCAGGACGGAGCAGGACCGUAAAGCGUCGUGAAAAGAGCCGGGGGGACGAGCCGAUGCCGAGUCCUGGAAUCUGAUCAGACUCUUAUCAAUGAAGCAGCAGAUCAUGGCGGAUGGCCCCAGGUGUAAGAGGCGAAAACAGGCCAACCCCAGGAGGAAAAACGUUUUGAACUAUGAGAAUGUAGUGGACACGGGUUCGGAAACAGACGAUGAAGACAAGCUUCACAUUGCAGAAGAAGACAGUAUUAUGAACGCCCUGGACCGCGACUCCAGUCCAGUGACUAUGCCCAACCACGAUUCUUCCCCACAUGGGAAACAAAUAUUGUUGCCAAGAGAAGACGAAGAAAGUGAGAAGAGAGAUUGCGGCAUGGACCACACCUGGCACAGCAGGGAGACACUACCCGUCUCAAUGGAUGGUACUGAAGAAAUGAAGGAAGAGUAUGACACUAUGGGGCCUGAAGUCACACUUCAGCCAAGGAGAGGUAAUGGUACAGGAAAGACAGUAGGUUGCACGACAGAUCUCGAGGAGUACUUUGCCAAACGGAAGCUCGAGGAAGGAGACAGCCAUGCGGUUAGCAUUGCAGAAUACUUGCAGCGGAGUGACACAGCCAUUAUCUACCCGGAAGCGCCUGAAGAACUGUCCCGGCAUGGAACACCAGAGGCCAAUGGGCAAGAGGAAAAUGACCUGCCACCUGGAACUCCAGAUGCUUUUGCCCAACUGCUGACCUGUCCAUACUGUGACCGGGGCUACAAGCGCUUGACGUCAUUGAAGGAGCACAUUAAAUAUCGACAUGAAAAGAAUGAAGACAACUUUGCCUGCCCUCUGUGCAACUACACAUUUGCCUACCGCACCCAGCUUGAACGACAUAUGGCCACGCACAAGCCAGGGAGAGAUCAGCCCCACAUGCUGACCCAUGGUGCUGGUAAUCGCAAGUUCAAAUGCACAGAGUGCGGCAAAGCCUUUAAAUACAAACACCAUCUGAAGGAACACCUGCGAAUUCAUAGUGGUGAAAAGCCAUACGAGUGUCCAAACUGCAAGAAGCGCUUCUCUCAUUCCGGGUCCUACAGCUCCCACAUCAGUAGCAAGAAGUGCAUUGGCUUGAUUUCGGUCAAUGGCAGGAUACGACCCAGCCUGAAAGCGGGCUCCUCUCCUACUUCAGUCUCCUCCUCUCCUACCAAUUCAGCAAUUACCCUGUUGAGGCACAAACUGGAGAACGGCAAGCCUCUUGGUAUUCCUGAGCAGCCAGGACUACUUAAAAUCAAGACAGAGCCACUAGAUUUCAACGACUACAAGGCCAUGAUGGGUUUCCCAAAUGGUGGAAUGGGAACUGACAGCCAGAUGUCGAUCAACAGUUCAGUUCUAAGUCCCAUGCAGCACUUUGGAGUAGGCAUGGAAGCACACAUAUUAAGCUUUGCAAAUGUAGCAAGCGGUAACUUAAGUGAAGUCCAAAAAGUCCUCAAAAUUGUUGACAAUACAGUGUGUAGGCAAAAAAUGGACUGCAAAUCUGAUGAGAUUUCAAGACUUAAAGGUUAUCAUGUGAAAGAGCCACAAUCUCAAGCUUCCCUGGCUGAGGAGCAAGGAAUUACCUCCCCUGUAAUGCCAUCAGUUGGUCUUCCAGUUGUCAGCCAUAAUGGUGCCACUAAAAGUAUUAUUGACUACACACUAGAGAAGGUGAACGAAGCCAAAGCUUGUCUCCAGAGUUUGAACACAGACUCACAAAGGCAAGUGAACAAUUUGAAGAAAGACAGGAUACGGAACAUGAGUUGCUCUGCAUUAGAUCUUGGCAUGGAGGAAAAGACAUUUAACAACAGCAUCAUAUCUCCUUACUCCUGCCAGUUCUGCAGGGAGAUUUUCCCUGGUCCCAUUCCCUUACAUCAGCAUGAACGCUACAUGUGCAAGAUGAAUGAAGAAAUCAAGGCUGUGCUACAGCCUAUUGAAGCGAUUUCCAAUAAACCAGUAAUGCUGGGUGAAAGGCAAGCUUAUAUGUUGUCCUCCCUUCUUUCAGAAAAAAAUAUCCCCAACCCCAUACAUACUUAUAAGGACCACAUGUCUGUAUUAAAAGCUUAUUACGCCAUGAAUAUGGAGCCAAAUUCUGAAGAACUACUGAAAAUUUCCAUUGCUGUUGGCCUCCCUCAGGAUUUUGUAAAAGAAUGGUUUGAGCAAAGGAAGGUCUAUCAGUUCACUAAUUCCAGGUCACCCACACUGGAACGGACCAGUGCUGAGAUGGCACUGACUACCAUCGAGCCUUUCAUAAUUAAAGACUGUCUGUCAGCUAGGCAUCCAACAGCAGCAUUAAGAUCGAUGGACUCAAUAACGUCACCUUCGAUAGCAGAACUGCAUAACAGUGUUACUAAUUGUGAUGCACCUCUCAGGCUUAGUAAAUCUCAGUUUAUCAGUAUUAAACAGAUUGGUGAUAAAAUGGACCACUCAAGGAGCAAUACUCCUUCCCCUUUGAAUCUUUCCUCUACUUCCUCAAAGAACUCCCAUAGUAGCUCAUACACUCCAAACAGCUUCUCUUCAGAAGAGCCUCAGGCUGAGCCACUGGACUUGUCUUUGCCAAGACAAAAGAAUGAACACAAAAGCAUUGUCACAGGAAAAAUAAGAAAUAAAGCCAAUAGUAUUAUCAUUGACCAUAACAGUAUUUCCUACCCAUCAGAGAAUUCAGAUGAGCCCUUGAACUUGACUUUCCUGAAGAAGGAAUUACCUAAUAUGAACAACAUCCUAGACAAAAGCACUAAGCCAGUAUACAGUACAAAUCCAUUUAGUGCCAAACCUUUGUACACAACUCUUCCACCACAAAAUGCAUUUCCCUCAGCUGCUUUCUUGCCUUCGGUCCAGAAUAGCAUUCCGGGUCUGCGACCGUACCCAGGGCUAGAUCAAAUGGGCUUCCUCCCGCACAUGGCCUACACAUAUGCAACAGGCGCAGCUACUUUUGCAGAAUUGCAACAGAGGAGAAAGUACCAACGAAAGCAAACGUUCCAGGGGGAAUUGCUUGAUGGAACCACAGAUUACAUGUCAGGCUUGGAUGACAUGACAGAUUCAGAUUCUUGUCUGUCCCGAAAGAAGAUCAAGAAGACAGAAAGUGGCAUGUAUGCAUGUGACUUGUGUGACAAAACAUUCCAGAAAAGCAGUUCCCUUCUGCGACAUAAAUAUGAGCACACAGGAAAGCGGCCACAUCAAUGUCAAAUUUGUAAGAAAGCAUUUAAACACAAGCAUCAUCUUAUUGAACAUUCACGACUGCACUCUGGUGAGAAACCAUAUCAGUGUGAUAAGUGUGGCAAACGCUUCUCACACUCAGGGUCCUACUCACAACACAUGAACCACAGAUAUUCCUAUUGUAAACGGGAGGCAGAGGAAAGGGAAGCAGCUGAACGAGAAGCCCGUCAGAAGGGACACUUAGAACCUGCAGAGCUACUGAUGAAUCGCCCCUACUUACAGAGCAUUACUCCUCAGGGGUAUUCGGACUCGGAGGAACGAGAAAGUAUGUUGAGAGAGGUGGAGAGUGAACGUGAGCAGGAAAAAGGAGAAGAGGACGAGGAGAAACUGGUCAGGCGAGAUGGGGAAGAGGAAUUUGAUGAAGAAGAAGAAGAAAGUGAAAAUAAAAGCAUGGAUACAGAUCAGGACACAAUAAGAGAUGACGAGGAGAAUGGUGACCACUCAAUGGACGAUAGCUCACUUGACGAGAAAACGGAAACCAAAUCAGAACAUGAAGACAAUGUGGAAGAUGGCAUAUAAUAACUACUGCAUUUUAGCUUCCUACUUCUUCCAGUAGUAUUGUUACUUGCUUGAAACACUGCUGUGUUAAGCUGUACAUGCACGUGCCUGAUGCUUCCUGGAAGCCUGAGUGUUGGACAGAUGGGGCAGUCUGUCAGAUGCAAAAAAAGGGAAAAAAAACGAAAAAAAAAACGAGACAGUGUUAGGACGAAUUAGUCAAGUUUGGGUUGUGAAGAGUUGCAUUAUGCAAAAAAAAUGUUCAGUGUUAGGGCCUAAAAAAAUGUGUGGUUCAAGCAGCCUAAAUUAUCCUUCUGUCAAUAGUUUUUUUUAGCACAAAAUAAUGGAGUAUAUUGCAUUACAUGCCACUUGUAUUACUACACAAAAUUUUAUGAAGAAAUGUAUUGUCUGUGUUUUCUACCUAUGUAUAUUAUUACACAAGAGUAACUUGAAAAUGAAAUGCCUGUGCUUUUACCCAUACCUGCAAAAGUAAACAACAGUAUUUUAGUGGACUGUUUGUAGUUUGACCCAGCCAUUAGGCCUAAUACUGCAACCACACAAUAUUUUAGGUUCCCAAUAAUUCAUUGAAGGAUCAUGAAAUGAUGCACGUGUGAUUUUUUUUAGAAAAUGAAGUCUUAAAAGUGGCCCAGCUAUGAAGGACGAGAGAGUGAGAGCAAGAGAGAAAGAGUGCCUGCGAGAGAGAGAGAUAGAGAGAGAGAGAGAGAGAGAGAGAGGGAGAAAGAGAAAGAUAGAGAGCGAGAGAGAGAGAGAGAGAGAGAGGCAGAAAUGGUGGAGAAAGCCUUUUGAAAGGUGAUUAAAAAAAAGCCUUAUAUGCAAACCUUUUAAUCUGUGUGUUCUGCAAGUGCCAUCCUUGUAUAGUGCUAAAUGAAGGUAACUAAAGUUACCUUGCACCAGCUUCAGUGUUAAACAGCUCACCCUGUUCUUUGAAGCACCCAUGUCAGUAUUAGAAUCUAGGCAGCAGUUCCUUAGUUUACAUAUGUUUGUGCAAUUUUCUGUACUUUUUUGUUCAUUAACUUGUCAGUAUUACACCAAACUUUGCAACAAUUUGCAUUCAUUUUAUUUUAGGUCAAAUAACAUUUAUUUAUGUUGCUCAUUUUAUAUUUCCUAAUUUUAUUUAUUUCAUACUGUAGUGUACAGUAUUAUAGUUCUUCAAUAUAUAGAUAUAUUUUAGUAAAGGAACAUGAGGUUGAUCAUUUGGGCAAAUUUUACGUAAUGAGAAGAGCAUUUAUUGUGUUUUCAAACAUGAAUUGUGAGAUACGAAUUUUCAAUUUAUUAUUUUAUUUUGUUUUCCAAUUACUGGAUUCCAAAUUUGAGAACUUUUGAUACGAUCUUGUGAAAACACUGUAUUUUCGACUGAAAAUUCCACUUUCUUCAUCUGUUUUUUAGCUAAAAAAGAGGGACUGUUAAAAUACAAUGUAUGAUACCAUGACAGAAAUCUUUCCUGAAUUGUCUUUGUAAAAGUAUUAUUAAAUUUUCAAUUUGUAAUUUCUCUUUGAAAUGACCAUGCUCGAAUAAAAUGUAGCCAAACUAGGACCUGUUACGUGCAGCUUAAGGUUCUAUGGACAUCACUGCAGCAAACAGAUGUGCAUAAUAAUGUAUAAUGUUUCCUUCCUAACUGUAGGAUUGUCUUCAAACCAUAAAGAAUUACAUUUUCAUCCAUAGCAUUGUUAACAAAAAAUAUUUAUUAACUUAAAUUUAUAUUGUCGUCCUAUUUAUUUCACUCAAUGUCCACUUUUAUAUUUCUCUCACCAUCUCAAAAUAAACAAAAUUAUAUGGUUGGAUUUAUUUCAUAAGCCUGCUGAGAGGAUAACAAGCGACUAAAUGAGUCCUGGACACAUUAUAUAAAACUGACAUUGCAUGAAGGAAAUAUUUUCCCUGGGGUAUCCUGUAUUUAGUUGAGUUGGGCUUUAAAGGUGAUCUGUAAUCAGACCUUCAGGAUACAUUCUUUCUUUCAUCUACUUUUCCAUUAAGGUGCAAAGUACCAUCCAGCAAUGUAACACAGUUGGUGGAUAAACAGGGACUUUAAAAAAAAAUAGACUUAUCUGGAUAUUAUUAAUAGGAAUUAAUUUGAAAGAAAAUCAAUAUCAAGCUUUUGAUUAAGGAUAGAGUACUUUGAUAGUUGUGCACACAGAUUCAUCACUUUAUAAUACAGUCUGCAGAAAAUGGACUACUAUCUUUUUUGAAUAAAGAGCGUAGGGUUUCCUGCAGAAAUGGGCAAUAGUGAUUUAAACUGUGCCUCCGUAAUAGUGCAACUGGAGUCUGGUUACACUUAAGUCUGAAUUUCCAGUAGGCAAUUAAGAUACAUUACAUGUAAAGAAGACAAAUCGGAGAUCAGAUGAUAACUAAAAGACCAGUGAUUGUGAUUGACGUGCAGUUUUUUUGAACUGCCUAACCAUUGAUUUUAAAUGGCUUUUACAGCUCGUUUAAGUUGAUCUCAGGAAUAUACCAAUUAAUUGAUUGGUGUCUUAAAACAAAACAUCAAUUUCUUACUGGUGCAUGUUGAGAGGAAGACUUUUAAAAGACAUCCAUUACAAAAUCCAAUUAAAAAAGGUACUGU